AUGAAGGAUCUUGGCUCUCUCAAAUAUUUUCUCGGGUUGGAGGUUGAACGCACCAGUGAUCGGCUUCUCUUACAUCAGACUAAAUAUGCAGGGGAACUUAUCCAUUGGGCCAGCGUGGGCUCAUGCACCACCGCACCUACUCCAAUCAGCCCCAGCCAAUCGACUAACGGCGCAGACGUGCCGUUCCAAAACCCACGACUAUUUUGCAACUUAGUAGACGGCUUGCAAUAUUUAACUGUUACCCGUCCAGAUAUCCAGUUCGCAGUCAACUACGUGGCCCAGAAGAUGCACAGUCCGAUGGAGCAAGAUUUUCAGACUCUCAAACGCAUUCUUCGGGGAGACCUUCAUCUUCGCGGCUACUCCGACUCAGACUGGGCUAAUGAUCCAUUGGACAGCCGCUCGACAACAGGUUAUCUCAUUUACUUUGGACCAAAUUUAAUCUCAUGGAGCACCGAAAAACAGAAAUGGGUAUCAAAAUCCUCCACGGAGGCUGAAUAUCGGGCUCUAUCCGCUGCAGCCUCGGAAGUCAUGUGGCUCACCUAUCUUCUAGCCGAUCUUCAUGUAAUUGAUGGCGCCAUGACAGCUGAGUAUGUUUCCACCAAGGACCAGCUGGCGGAUUUUCUCACAAAGCCGUUACCGUCCCAGCGUUUUCGGUAUCUUCUCUCCAAGCUUCCUCUUGCUACCGCCAGACUCAGCUUCAGGGGGGAUGUUAGACAGAAUAUAUAA